GUAAUAUUUUCAUUCAAGACACAAAGGUGUUUUCCACUCCCGAUAAGCACGCACAUUUUUAUCUUCCCAUGCGCACACACUCCGGUAAGACAAAAGACACAUAUCCUCUGCAUGUGACAUCCAUCCCGGGACCGGCUGAGCUCCAUAUCCUCCCCGUGAUCCCUCAGCUAGAGAGGCAACAUCCUCUGGCUGCAGCGAGGGGAAGCUGGCCUCACUGUGACACUCGGCUCUGCAACAGGUAACAGCUCAACUCCAAAUCUCUGCGCCUAUACUCGAUACCUCCAGUCACCGCUUUCCGCUUUUGGAUCGUCGCGUCAGGAAGUCAAAUUUCCGUCAGGUAAGAGCUCCCAGGCAUUUCCCUUCACAUGCAUGUAGGAGAGGGAUUCAUGGGCCGGCUUGCAUGGACUUGUGAUGAGAGUAAAGGUCUCUAACUGUUAUGUUUUUGAGUUUCAGGCAUCUCCUGGGACAGUCUUCUAGGCAGAUCCUCUUACUGCCUGACCUAAGGAUUUGCCAGAACGACCCAAGGAGAGAAGAAUAUUUUUCCUCUGACACUCAUCACACAGAGUGUAAGAGGUGCACACACCACCAAACAAGACAAAGUCACUAUAAAACAGGGACGGGAAAGAAACGAGAAAAGGGAACAAUGAUGGAACUGAGGAUCCAGCUCAUCCCAACAGGGGAAAUCAUCCUUCCUCCGGGGAAGAACGGGGAAAACUACUGCCACAACUGCAAGGUGGUGGCUAGUGACGGGGUCCGGGCUAUGAUGGAGUCGGCCCUGACAGCCAGAGACCGGGUGGGCGUGCAGGACUUUGUCCUGCUGGAGAACUACACCAGCGAGGCCGCCUUCAUAGAGAACCUGCGCAAACGCUUCAAAGAGAACCUCAUCUAUACGUACAUCGGUUCAGUGCUGGUGUCAGUUAACCCAUACAAAGACCUGGAGAUCUACACCAAGAACCACAUGGAGCGAUACCGUGGAGUCAACUUCUACGAGGUCUCACCACACAUCUAUGCAGUGGCAGACAACUCGUACCGUUCCUUGAGGACAGAGAGAAAGGACCAGUGCAUCCUCAUCUCUGGGGAGAGCGGCGCUGGGAAGACGGAGGCAUCCAAAAAGAUCCUGCAGUACUACGCCGUCACCUGUCCAGCCAGCGAGCAGGUGCAGACCAUCAAAGACCGUCUGCUGCAGUCCAACCCUGUGCUGGAGGCCUUUGGCAAUGCCAAGACGUUGCGCAACGACAACUCGAGCCGCUUUGGCAAGUACAUGGACAUUCAGUUUGACUUCAAGGGCGCCCCAGUGGGAGGCCACAUCAUCAACUACCUGCUGGAGAAGUCCCGCGUGGUCCACCAGAACCACGGGGAGAGGAACUUCCACAUUUUCUAUCAGCUGAUCGAGGGAGGGGAAGAGGACCUGCUGAGACGCCUGGGCCUGGAGAGGAACCCUCAGCAGUACCAGUUCCUGGUCAAAGGUAACUGUCCCAAAGUGAGCUCCAUCAACGACCGCAGUGAUUGGAAGGUGGUGAGGAAAGCCUUGACUGUGAUUGGCUUCAGCGAAGACGAGGUGGAGGAGUUGUUGAACAUAAUCGCCAGUGUGCUCCACCUAGGGAAUGUGCAGUACGGUGGAGAAGAGGGCAAUGCCUGCAUCACUUCUGACACACAGAUAAAGUACCUGGCCAGGUUGUUAGGAGUGAAUGGGACAGUGCUGACAGAGGCACUCACGCACAAGAAGAUAAUUGCCAAGGGAGAGGAGUUGAUGAGCCCGCUGAACCUAGAGCAAGCGUCAUCAGCUCGAGAUGCCCUGGCCAAGGCAGUAUACGGACGCACCUUCACCUGGCUGGUUAACAAGAUCAACGCUUCGCUGGCAUACACGGAUGAAUCCUUCAAGAACUACUCUGUCAUUGGCCUGCUGGACAUCUAUGGUUUUGAGGUCUUCCAGAACAACAGCUUUGAGCAGUUCUGUAUCAACUACUGUAACGAGAAGCUGCAGCAACUCUUCAUUGAGCUCACCCUCAAGUCAGAGCAGGAGGAGUACGAGGCUGAAGGCAUCACGUGGGAGCCAGUGCAGUACUUCAACAACAAGAUCAUCUGUGACCUGGUGGAGGAAAAGUUCAAAGGCAUUAUCUCCAUACUGGAUGAGGAGUGUCUGAGACCUGGAGACGCCAGUGAUUUCACCUUCCUAGAGAAGCUGGAGGACACUGUGGGAGGACACCCACACUUUGUCACUCACAAGCUGGCUGAUGCAAAGACCCGGAAGGUAAUGGGCCGUGACGAAUUCAGACUGCUGCACUACGCUGGAGAGGUCAACUACAAUGUCAACGGAUUUUUGGACAAGAACAACGACCUGCUCUUCAGGAACUUAAAAGAGGUUAUGUGUAUGUCAGAGAACAAGAUCCUGACCCAGUGUUUUGACAGGGAGGAGCUGAGUGACAAGAAACGCCCAGAAACGGCAGCCACCCAGUUCAAAGCAAGUCUGGCGAAACUCAUGGAGAUCCUCAUGUCGAAGGAGCCGUCGUACGUCCGCUGCAUCAAGCCCAAUGACGCCAAGCAAGCAGUUCGAUUUGACGAGGUGUUGAUCCGUCACCAGGUCAAGUACCUGGGGCUGAUGGAGAAUCUGAGGGUGAGGAGAGCUGGCUUUGCUUACAGACGGCGCUACGAGAUCUUCCUGCAGAGGUAUAAGUCCCUGUGUCCAGACACAUGGCCUAACUGGCAGGGGAAACUGUCUGAUGGAGUGGCCACACUGGUCAAAUACCUGGGAUACAAGCCUGAGGAGUACAAACUGGGCAGAUCCAAAAUCUUCAUCCGUUUCCCAAAGACCUUGUUUGCCACCGAGGAUGCAUUGGAGACCAGGAAACACAGUCUUGCCACCAAGCUGCAGGCAGGAUGGAGAGGCUACCGCCAGAAGUCCAAAUACCAAAAACUCAGAACCUCAGCUAUUGCCAUCCAGGCGUGGUGGAGAGGGAUCCUGGCCAGGAGGAGAGCCCAGCACAGACGACAGGCUGCUAAUACUAUCCGCAGGUUCAUCAAAGGCUUCAUCUACCGCCACAGGGAGCGCUGUCCAGAGAACGAGUACUUCCUGGAUUAUGUGCGCUACUCCUUCCUCAUGACGCUGCGGAGGAACCUGCCCAAGGACGUCCUGGACAAGAGCUGGCCGAAUCCUCCGGCUGCUCUCACUGAGGCCUCAGAGCACUUGCGUAAGCUGUGCAUGCAGAACAUGGUGUGGAGCUACUGCAAGAAGAUCAGUCCUGAGUGGAAACACCAGAUGGAGCAGAAGAUGAUGGCCAGUGAGAUCUUCAAGGACAAGAAGGACAACUACCCACAGAGCGUGCCCAAACUGUUUGUCGGCACCAGACUAAAUGGUGAGGACAUUAACCCCAAGGUGCUGCAGGCUCUGGGCAGUGAGAAGAUGAAGUAUGCAGUGCCAGUCACCAAGUACGACCGAAAAGGCUACAAGGCUCGGCCCCGCCAGCUGCUGCUCACCUCCAACAGUGUCAUUAUCGUAGAGGAGGCCAAACUCAAGCAGCGUAUCGACUACGGAGCUCUAAAAGGUAUCUCCGUCAGCUCUCUCAGCGACGGCCUGUUCGUUCUGCACGUGCCCAGUGACGACAACAAACAGAAGGGAGACGUGAUCCUGCAGAGUGACCAUGUGAUCGAGACCCUGACCAAGAUUGGGAUUUGUGCCGACAAAAUAAACAGCAUCAACAUCAACCAGGGCAGUAUAAAGUUUACAGUGGGUCAAGGGAAAGAAGGGAUCAUAGACUUCACGCCGGGAUCAGAACUACUGGUGGCCAAGGCUAAGAACGGACACUUGUCUGUGACUGCUCCCAGACUGAACUCCAGAUGAUGGCCACUUUGACCACACACAUACACCAGGACCUACUUACUGCUCACCUCUCCCAUCCUCCAAUCACACGACUGCAGACGUUGCUCUGCCUAAGCCAAUCAGUUGCCAGCUGUCACUACACGGGUGGCAUGUGCUUCCAAUUAAAAAAAAAAAACAAAAACAAAUAAAAAUCCAGCAAAACUAAUUGAUAUAUUUAUGUUUAUAUAUUAUAUUUUUGGGAUUAAUACUGUUGCUGUUUGAAAAUUCUGAUUUUAUAUAUGAGGCCAAGAAAUAACUAAUAUUUAGGUGCAUUUUUCUUGCACCAUGUGUGUUUAUUGUGCUUUAUUUGGGAACAUGACCAAGAAAAUGAUGAGGGAAGAGUCAGAAUAAGAGACAAGAAUGAGAAAAAGGGGAUUGUUGUUGAGGAAAAUCAGGGUUAGUUCUUGCCUGUUGCCUUUUUUUCCACCGUUUACUUUUUCUGCUUGACUCAUAGCCUUGACUGUCUCCUUGACACUGCUUUUCCAACUGGGGUGAAUGGCUUGGUAUUGAAGCAUGAAGGUGUGUAGAACAAGGGUGACAGUAUGUAGGAGAGUUGUUGACGGGAUCAGAGACGAGGAAGAACAACUUUUCAAUCAAAUGGUGAUGCUUUGGCACCAAAAGGCUGGUUGUGUCAGACUGGCUCACUAAAUCAGAAUAAAUAGUUGGAUGUGCUACUGAAUUUGUUUUUUUUUUAAUCUGUUUGUGCUGUGUCAGAAUAAGAAGGGAGCUUGUCAUGAUAGAUUCACUACAUUAAAUAAACAGCUGUGUAGAUGCUGCAAAAGGAACCAGGUAUGUGAGAAAAGGCAAGAGAAAGGUGAAAAGAAAGAACGCAGCGGUCGUUUGCCUUGACCCCAGGUGUUUGUGCCUUUCCCCUUGACUAAUUUAUUCAUUCUAAAGUGAGUUGAGCUGUAUAUUGAUGUGUGAAAACCAUGACACUCCGCACGAGAAUGAGGCAAGUUAAGUGUAGAUAGAAACCUGAAUGUCCUCUGACGGAAUGCUGUACAGCAGUCUUCCCUUGUUCAGAACAAAGUAUCACGCUCUGACUUUGUCAACGGCCCCAGCAUAUAUAUAUAUAUAUAUAUAUAUAUCUCUCUCGCUCUCGCUCUCUCUCUCUCGCUCUCUCGCUCUCUCUCUCUCUCUCUCUCUCUCUCUCUCUCUCUCUCUCUCUCUCUCUCACACCAGGGUUUGACCAGUAUUUUUGAAGCUGCAAUAACCUGUUUUUGUGUUAGUGUUGAUGUUCAAUAAAACGCUUUUCACAAUGCUACGCCUUUGAAGCUGCAAUUAGACCAAAAUAUGAGACUGAAACUGUGUUUAGCUCAAAUACAUGUGAAGGCCAAAAAACAGUGAUAUUGUCCAGAUGUUUGACUGAUUUAAAUGUGACAUUUUAAAAGCAACAGUUUGACAUUUUGGGAAAUCAGCUGGAUCACUUUCUUGCCAAGAGUUAAGAUUAUUACAAGAUUGAUACCAUCCUCGUGUCUGUAAGCUAAAUAAGAAGCUAGCUUAUUUUAGGGGGGGAACAGUUAGCUUUGCUCUAUCCAAAGGUAAAACCCUAAACAUUUUGAUUAUAAUACAGAUGAAAGAAACACAAUUAAAUGUGAAUUAUAGGGAUUUAGAGGUGCUGGUAUGCAGAUAAGCUUUGAACAGAGCCAGGCUAUCGGUUUCCACCUCUUUCCAGUGUUUAUGCUAAGCUAAGCUCCAGCAUCAUGUUGAACACACAGAUAGUCCUAUCAAUUUUCUCAUUACCUCUCGGACAAAAAGGCGCAUUAGUGCAUUUUCCGAAGUGUCAAACUAUUCCUUUAGUGCCAAGUAUAAACAUCCACAGUUUUUGCCCUUUUAACAAUAGAAAAACUUCUGAAAUACAGUAGCAUCUAAAUUGUCAUGGGAACCUAAUAUCCUUCAUUAACAGCAAAAUAUUUAUUCAUCCUUAACACCAGGUUAUGGGUCUCCUAUAGACCAGCUCUACAACAAAACACAUCUCCGUCUACUCUGACCAAAGACUGACCCUGAAAAACUUGUGUUAUUGAAAACUUUUGAGAGGAGCUCCAAAAUGUUUCCAAGAUUAUUUUUGUUCUUUUCUCCAGACCUCGCUCAAUGACAAAACUUUUUCUCUGCAUGGCUCUGGGUGGCGAGGCGGGUGCAAUAUGGCGAGGCAGGACUGUGCGACCGCACUUACGAGAUACUAGCCAAAGAACCUGUUGAUUUAUAGUGAUUCUGUGUUGUACGAUUUAUAUGAUGUAAUGAUGUCAGUUCUGAAUGUCGUCUUGUUUCUUUCAGGAGGGAGAUCUGUAUGUACAGUUUGUGUUCUGUGUUAUAAAUGUCAGAUUCAAGCCAAGCGAGGUUUGAUGUGAAACAUUUGGGGAGGAAAAAGCUUUUAGUAUUGUUUGUGAACGCAAACUUGUUAAUGUGCCUUGUUGGAUAUAGCAAUACAACAGAUUAGAGUGGAAUUAGAAGAGAAAUACCUCCUUGAGUCUAGUCCCUGGCUGAUGACGGGUGUCGGCCCAUUUCUAAAAGUUUCCCAGCAUCAUCUAAAGGUCUCCACCCUGUUUGUGUAUAAGCUUUAUUCAAAACAAGUCCUGCGUUUGUCUGUUGAUUUACAGACGCACUCCUGUUAUCAGUCCUGACUUACUGUAUGCACCACACCAAUGUAUAAUUAUGACAACACACUAAAAAAAAAAGAUACUAAAGAUUUGAAAAAUAAAUUUGAAAAGUAAAUACAAACCGA